AUGGAGCCUCGCAUGUCUACCGAUAUCGAUACCACAAGCGCGCUUUUGCAAGGCCUAUCCGUUGGCGCCGCCAUUAUUUGGGCCCUCAAAGUACACGAGCCACCCAAUCCUUUACGUUUCCUUGCCAAAUUUCUCUCCGUCUCCCUACUCUCCCUUCUCGCUUUUCUACGCGGAGCUCCGACGCCUCUUGUUCUUGCACUCGGGCUUUCCUCCUUGGGGGAUGCGUCUCUUGCGCUCGGCCGAGGGAGCGCAACACUUCUUGGCGCCAUUGUCAAUUUUCUGAUCGCUCACGUCUUCUACAUUGCGCUUUUCCGUCAUCAUGGUGCCAAUUUUGCACUUCUUUUUGGGGACAGGUAUCGCUUGCUUCUAAGUGUGGUGACGUUUGCCCACGGUUGUGUUGCGAGUUACCUCAUCUUGCCUCGAGUGAAAGGCAGUAUACGGCUACCGUGCGCUGUGUACGUCGGCGUGUUAGUGACCAUGGCGCUGUACGCAUAUGCCAUGCCCAGCAGCCAAAUUGCUUUUGGUGGUGCUAUUUUUGUUGUUUCUGAUACUCUGAUUGGCGUGAACCGAUUUUAUUUCAACGAUGAGUCGGCCUACAGACUUCUUAUUGAGCAAACUAUCGCGGUGUUUUAUUACUCUGCACAGUUUCUGAUUACUAGUGGAGGCUUGAAUUUACUGGCUUGA